AUGUCUCGUUUUACUCCUGAGCUGGCUGGCGCCCACGUCCUCGUGACAGGUGGCCGCAAAGGCAUUGGAAGAGUCAUCACCGAGGCCUUUCUCGCCGAGGGAGCCAAUGUCUCGUAUUGCUCACGAGUUGUCACCGGUAAAGAGUUUGAGCCUUUCAAGGGUGCAACUGGGGGAGCACGUGCCGUUGGCACAAGCGUUGAUAUUGCCGACCCUGAUUCUGUCAAGAAUUGGGUCGAAAGCGCCGCCGAAACCUUUGGCAGGAUCGACAUUGUUGUUGCAAAUGCUUGCCCAGCGAUCACUGGCCCAGCUAUCGAGGACUGGCAAAAGAGUUUCCAAGCCGACGUGAUUGGUCUCAUUACCCUCAUCCAUGCCGCAACCCCUCAUCUGGAGCAGCGAGACGGCGCCGGCUCCAUAGUCGUCAUCAGCUCCCUCGCCGGUUUUGAAGCGAAGCACCCAGCGCACACCGGCCCAUACGCGGUAUUGAAGAGAGCUCAGGCAACAUUAGCCAAGGACUUUUCGAAAGUUCUUGGCCCAAAGGGCAUCAGAAUCAAUUCCAUUGCCCCAGGGACCAUCAAUCCUCCGUCGACGACUCGACCUGACGGGACUGAGGAGCUUAGCACCUUUCAGCAGAUCAUGACAGCCAACCCGGCCUUCCUCGAGAGCUUGCUACCAAACAUCGCUCUGGGAAGGGUUGGUAGCGGUCAGGAUGUUGCCAAUGCCGCGGUAUUCCUUGGUAGCCGACUUUCGAGCUACAUCACGGGUACCAACUUGAUCAUUGACGGCGGCAUGUCUACUGCUCUUUGA